AGACAUUCAAGAUGGCGGUCAUCCGCAUCCACUCGCUUCUCAAAUGCUUCAAUCGUUCCACUGCCAUUUCCUCGUCCCAUCGGGGGUGUUAUGGCGGAUAAACUGUCUUCCUUUCUGCAGCUCUCUCAAUUGAACCCCAGAAAAAAGAAAUUGGAUCUCUGCUUGGCGCCUCUGACAAGAACUAGAAUUUUUCACAGCCAUGGAUAGCUAUUCCUUCGCGUUCACUGGUCCAUCAUGGCCGACUCAGGUGCGUGGUUUCCUCUCACAGUUCACUGAUGCGUUCAGUGCCUUCUCUAAACACAUCGCACCGACCUACCGCCACGACCGAUGCGAGAGAUCAGUGCAGAUGCGACUCUAUUCCCUGAAUAAAAGGCGCUUUGUCCUAGUUUUCAUCGUGUUUUUUGCCUGCUUUGGCAUAAGUUUUCUCGUUGGCAUUGCUGGUCCACCCAUUAUUGACACUGUAACUGUAAAUGGUUCAUCAGCUAGCAUUCUUCAGUCCAGCAAUUUAAAGACUGGGCCAUAUGCACUGCAGUCACCUCCAAUGUCAUCUUUUCACCAGCAGUUGUGGCUUAUAGCGCACAUUGAAGUGGACAGCAAGGAAGGGACCACAUUUGAGCAGGAGUUUCGCAUGGGUAUCAUCAUUAGAGGUUCCAAUGGAGAUGCACAGACAGUGGUCAAGUCGGACAAUCCACAGCUGAGUCCAGAAAUGCAUAACAGAACCCGCAAGCUGAGAUGUAGCCAGAAAUGUGAUGAUCUUAUCCUUAUGCAUCUGGGUUUUUUGGACUUCUCAUACUACUACAUUACCAUCCACUUCUAUAACCUGGACCAGGCAUCCUUCAAUAUUCGCAGCAUCAGUUUUGAUUUCAAGAGUUACAACACAACCUUUACACAGAUUGAGAUCUGGAUCAGAUUUGUCUUUCUUGUGUUGACCUUUUUUUGUACAUGUAUGUUUGCUCACUCUUUGCGCAAAUUUUCGGUUCGUGAUUGGUCCAUUGAACAGAAGUGGAUGUCUAUCCUUCUACCUCUACUUCUUCUGUAUGAUGACCCUGUUUUCCCCCUGACAUUCCUUGUCAACAGCUGGAUCCCAGGAAUGUUUGAUGGCCUUUUUCAGGCAACUUUUCUCUGUGCUUUACUUUUGUUCUGGUUGUGUGUCUACCAUGGUGUAAGACAGACUACCCGUCGCUUUGUGCGUUUCUAUCUGCCAAAACUGUUGUUGGUGGGCCUGCUGUGGAUAACGGCUGUCACACUGGCAUCAUGGCAAGAAUACAAUGAGCUACAUGACCCUACUUACUAUUAUCACCUUGAUACCAUCAACUUCCUGGGUUUCAAGAUUUUUUUCUUUGUGGUUGGUGGAAUCUACUUAUUGUACCUGGUCUACCUGCUGAUAAGAGCAUAUGCUGAGCUUCGCCUGAUGCCAUACUUUGACCUGCGCCUCAAGUUCCUGACUGCACUCAUGCUCAUUGUUAUAGGCAUAAGCAUUGCCAUUGUUGUUCUCCGAUUUGGUGGAGGUGUGCUGCAGGAUAACUUUGUUGCCGAGUUGUCUACCAACUACCAAAAUUCAGCAGAAUUUGUUUCCUUCUAUGGUCUCCUUAACUUUUAUAUGUUCACCAUGGCUUUUGUAUACUCUCCAUCUGCAAAUGCUUUGUAUGAGUCGCAUUUCAAGGACAAUCCUGCACUAUCAAUGCUGAAUGAUUCUGAUGAGGAGGUUCAUUAUUCCUCUGAUACGGAGGAGACCAGUCUGUCCAACACCACCAGGCGUCAUGACAGCGAUGAAGAACAUUUCCGGUAGCUCCAUAAAACAAAGAAUGAUGGCACAAAACCAUUGUCUUUUCAGGAGAGAUUGUAAUUUUGAUGAUUGAAAGAGCAAAUGCUUUAUGCAUGAUGAUUGAUACUGUUCCUUGUCACAUUUUAAAUAUUUACCUGGGUAAAUAUGAUGCAGGUUCACUGCCCACUGUAGCUUUUACCUCUCCAUUUCGCAGUUACCCCAGGUGCAAUAUGUUAAUGAGUGAUUGGUUUUGUAUGAGUGUGUUCAUGUGAUGUUUUGCUUUCUUGACUGUGCUUCCAGAGGCAAGACUUCAGGAAGAAAUAGAAUCUGGAAAAAUGUUGUUUGCCUGCAUCUGAGAAAUUGUUGUCAGAUUUUAAUGUUCAGGACAAGAUGAGGUUCUGAAAUCGUACAGUAUUUCUGUUAGACUUUCAAGAGUGUUCUAGGUGCAAAGAUUCAUUGUUCAUAUAUGUUUGGUGGUACACUGCAGUAUGAAAUCCAAUUCAUGCCAAAACUUCUCUUUAUUGCACCUAUAAAUGGAUUUCAAUGAAAGAAGAACUAACAGAAUCAGAAAUGGCGUAAAGUAAAUGCUGUCAUGAAAUUCUGUUGAACAAGUGUUAUCUUUCUGUUACAUAUUACUUAUUUACACAAGAGCUUUUAGAAUCAUUUGACUACUAUAAAUAGUGUCACAUUUAUUCAUUAAAAUUAAAUUAUAAGGAAAGUUCUUAAAAUGCCUUGAGAAGAAUGUCAUUGUCAUAUUAAAGACAAAAGUAUGUAUUUGCACACAUGCGCACAGAUAUAUAUACACUCGUCCCUUUUCUUGUAGUCUUGUUCCUUUGUCUACUUUCUGUUCACAGCCUUCUUUUUUUUUUUUUACAGAAACAUGCUGACUGGUUGAAAAUUGAAAUAUAAAUUUACUAUGAAUAGCUAUCAUAAAAUAGUGUAAACCUAAAGUAGUCAACAAAAUAUGCAUGGAAAUAGCUGAAUGAUGUGUACUAGCUGCUACAAACACUGUCUUGAAAUGAUGAUAUAGUACAAAGUUGUAGAGUUAGUUUUAAAAUGAAACUGAAGAAAAUGAUUUUCUUAGCAACAAAGUAAAAAUUAGUUGCUGUUUGCAAAAGUUGUUGACACUAUUAAGAUGCUUCUUAUGCAGUGUUGUUUGGUGAAAUAGGGCUGUUUUAAAAGGAAGUUUGUUGUCAUGUUUAACACAUCUUUUUAAGUUUUAUCCUUGAUUGGAAAUAUGCAAGAAUAUAAUUGACCCAUUUUUUUCUAUGAGAAAGAUACGAGAAAGACACUUAUUGUGAAUUAAUUUUGAACCUUUUACUUAAAACCAAAUUAUAUAUAGAGAUUUUUUUGCUAUGCACUCUCUGAUUAAAAAAAGAAAAGAAAAAGUAGUGCUCCUUAAUUGAGCUGGGUUCCUCACGAGGCCAAGAACUUGCAUGAGAAGGCAGUGAAAGGAGAAUGGAUUAUCACUGCUGUACUGGCUUCACACAGGUCAGUUUCCCAAUAACCAAUACUAAUCUACAGCAUGAGUGCCUUGACUGGCUGAUUCCAGCUAUCACUCCAUCAUCAACCACUCUUUGUCGGCAGUUGCUGUACCUUCAUUGUUUAAGCAUGCUGGAUCUGUUGGCUGUGUUUGAUACACUUUAUCAUGAAGUCCCUCUCCAGCGUCUUUUUAUUUUUGGUCUCCCCAGAUAUAACAGAAACAUCAUCUCUCUGGUCCUACCUGGUUGACUACACCCUUCUGUAGUACUGUAAGCAGUGUAAGGCACCAUACCUUCACAUACUACUUUAAAGUAUGAGUUGUCUCGAAGCUCAGUUUUUGGGCCUCUUUUAUUCACUGUGCACCUCCAACCACUUACGCCUGCAGUAUCACAUGCAUGUUGAUAAGUUAGCCAUUGGUCUUGCUUCUCAGCUUCAGCAAGUCUUCAUCAACCACACAGGCUGUGAACAUAGCUCAUCCCCAAGUUUAUUUAUAGGCAAAUUAAAAGAACAAUAAGUUUUGUGUAGGUAACAGGAAUUGGAAGAUCACGUUAAUAGUAGUGAGAGGUUGUCUUUUUAUUCUACAUAUGGGAUCUCAGGAACUUCAAAAUAUUUGAAAAUGAAUUUAGAGUACUAUUUGCUAACAGUUUUUAGCUAAAUUUAGAGUGUGUCCAAUAUUGUAGUCCAUUAUUUUUAGCACAGAAGACAGUGCACAUGAUCUCCUCUGUCCAUUAUGUAAAAUAAAUGAAGAAGAUGAAAUUCACUACCUUUUGUGUUAAAGCCUUACAGCAUCUCAGAGUAAGAUUCAUACAAAGAAAAUGGUAUAUAUAAAUUGAAACAAUUUUAAAAUCAGUUUUUAUUGGUUUCAACAAAUGAAAAAAUUAUAAGGAAUCUGGCAUUAUAUUUUUUCUAUGCUUUUCAGUUUAGAAAGCCUAAAGUGAAAGAUUACUCAAAGUAAUUGUUUUGAAGGCAUUGUUUGCAGUUCUAGCUUUAAAUAUCUAUGUACUAUUAAAUAUAAUAUUGCAUUGUCAUUGUUGUUUGCUCCCUUUCUAUGGAGCAAUGGCCAUUGAAUAAACAAUCAAUUCAUUAGGUCUGCACCAAAACACAGCACAAUGAAUGACGACAAAACUGAAACCGUUACAGUAGCCUUUGCAAAUAAACGGAUAUGUGUACCAUCCUCUCCCACCUUACUUUCAUUUUUCCCAGACUUAAAAAUCCUUGUUGUUAUUCUUAACACGUCAUUGUCUCAUGAAUUUCACAUCAAUGGAGCUUGAAGGGCUAUUGUCCUUGAGCUUCACAGGAUCCAUCACCUCCAGUCCUGAAGUUUCCAACAUCAUGUCUGUUUUUGUAUUGUCUAAACUGGAUUGCUGCAGCUUUCCAUUUCUUGAUCUUCUUAACUGCCUACUGAGCAAUUCCAAAGUACUCAGGCCAGACUCCUGCUGCUCGUAUUAUUUUCUUGGUAUUUUUUUUUAAGGUAAACUUGUCAUGCUACACCCCUUGCUCUUUGGCUUGCUUGUGUUGCCCUCAUCUGUUUCACACAUGAGACAAGAAAAAUUCAGUAAGUGCUUCUUCUCCUCGGGCCCCAUCAUUUGGAAUUCUCUGGCCUUUUCUCUUCAAACUGUUUGGUUUCAAAACCCGCCUCUUUAAGAAAUAUCUUUCAACCAAAAGUGAACUUCUGCUUGUUGGUUCUUCAUCUUCAUCUAUUACACUUUGUUUUGUGUUUGCCACUGUGUUGUUCAUUUGCUGCCACUCUUCUUUGUCGUAUGGUCAGUUGUGUGACUAUCAGUUUAUUUGUAGUAUUUACUGCACAGUGCAUGGCGCUUGCCUUCACAUAGGGACAUGCUCUUUACAAAUUGUAUUAUUAUUAACCAAACAAAUGGGAAAAAAUAGUCUGAUCAUGUGUAGAAUAUGAUGUAAUUUCAUUUGAGGUAAAUCCCAUUGAUGGUAAUGAUGAUUCUCACCAUCUCUUCUUACUGCAGUAAGAAAUGUUGGCAAAAAAUCUUUCAAACAAAACUGAAUCAUGUUUCUAAUUCUGAAUCUUACAGGUAUUCUUGAACACUGGUCUCAUUUAGUUGAGCUAUUAUGUUUAUGUACUAACAAGCCAUGUUUUCCACCCAAAGAUUUUAGAAAGGACUGCAUGUCCAUAUCUUAGGCAUGCACUGUUCACCACACGUACAACCUGUGAGGACAGUUUUUAAACAAUCCAAACAGUGCAAUAUGCACUUUAGCAGUUAAUAAGUUUGAAAUUUUUGCUAACCCAGAGACUUUUUAACCAUGGAUUUCACCUCUUUAUGAUGAUUUGACUAAAGAAGGAAAAUCAUAUUAAGGGUAAAUGAUUCAUGGAGUGAAUAUAAUGUCCUGCAAAGAUUGAAUGAUGUACAUCUUUAUUUAAAUACUUGCCAUGUAUGUGAUGCAGCAAGAUUCACCAUUUGCAUCGUUUGAGAUAAUUGUCAUUUAACAGCCCAUUUGAGAAAAAAACCCCAGCUUUGUGGUUUUGUUGUUGUUGUUUUGGAAAUCAUAUGACAUGAUAAUCUGGACCCGGCUGUGAAUAAUUGUCAGUGACAUUUUGUUUAUUUCCUGAAACAUUUCUGAGACUUACAGAUUAAAUCCAGUUGUGAUAUGCUCACCAGCAUCUCGUUGACACAGAAGAGCCAUGCAUUCAUUUGAUCAACACCCAUUUACAUGGAUGAGCUCAACAGAUCUCACAUAAUAGGCCACAAAUAAGUCAAUGUGUUCAUCAGAAAUAAAAAUGUCUUGUUUACUGAUUCUAUGAUUUUGCAUCACAUUGCUGAGAGGACUGUAGGGCUUUUUCUGGUUUUCUGUUUGAUUCAAUAACUUUUAUUUUCUAUCACCAUUGGAGGUAGAGUGUGAUUUUUUAAGAUAGGUAAGCUCAUAUGUUGCUGACUAUAGAUGUAUUUGGUGUCUUCUUUAUCAUAGCCUUACUAAGGCUUUUCACCAUGAAAGCAACUUAAGUCAGUGAGUCAUCUCUUGGCUGGCAUCUGUUUUUGGGGGAGCACAUGGAUAGAUGCUGUAGCUGACAGGGCCUGCCACUCUUGCAGGCAUCUAGAUACCAAAUUUUGUUGAAUAUCAUGCAAGCUUCCCACUGAAAUUGAUGGAAUGCAAAAAAAUGCAAAGGAUUUGAUAGGCUUUGUUGAAAAUCUGUUAAUGUCAUGGUGACCCUUAUUGAUCUUUUGACUAAUGCAGUACUGUGAUCAUGUUUUCCCUUUUUUUAGUGUAUUUUUUGUUGUUGUUUCUGGUUUCUUAUCCUUUAUUGUGGCUACUAUAUUCCACAACUUAAAAAAUAGAUAUGAUACCUCCAGUAUAUUUGUCUUUAUGAUGACUUUUAAGAGUUUUAUUUCCCUUAUUUUACCUUUGGUGGGUUUUCACAUGGAGCAAUAAAAAAAAACGUUAAAAAAUAAAAUAUGCAGUUUGAAUGAAUAAUAGUGCUGAGUGGUGGAAGCAAAGGAAUUGCAAGCAUUGGGUUACAUUCAGUCAUUAUGUGUUUUUUGUGUGUACAUGCUGAGAUCUACUCAUAUGUGCUUAAUUAUAGUAUGUAAAUGUUCAGAAGGCUUGGGAGGAGGCAUUAGUACUGUUGAAUGCUCCACUUUUACAGACUGGGUGGCACAUAUUGUUUGAUAAUGUUUUAGUUGUAUUGGUGUAAGCAUGGGUCAUUUUCUUACCAACAUUUAGAAAUUAGAAGUGUAUUGAUUCAUGAUCUUUUAUCUGUUUUAUGCUUUUUACUACUAUGAUUUUAUGUUUGCUUUUGAAACAAGUACACUUGGAUUACAGAUUGAAAUAUUCAUAUUUAUAGACACUUGAAUCUUGCUUGGGGUUCAAAGCAGAAAUGAACAGAUAACCUGAUGCAACAGUUUGAUCAUGAUUAGGAUUGUCAGCUCACACCAUUUUUUUCUUUUCAUGAGGAGAGGGUUGGGCAUGGGAUGAGAGUUGACCAAGAUCUUAUGAAAUGCAUCACAUGUUCUACUUUGAUUCUUAAAAGCAGAUUAGGUGGAAAGGUUGUGUAUCUGUUUGAACAUGAAUAAGUUUGUUCUAUGUGCAUUUGUGUGCUUGUGGAAUAACAAAAAUCACCAAAACAGUUGCACACAGAAGGAUUAUCAUAAGGCUAGAUAAGAAGUAUAAGUGCAGUUGAAAUUCCAAAUCGAGUGCAAUAGUACACUAUUUAAUUGUGUAUUUAUGUUGUUCCAAAUCUUAGUGUUUAGUGCUAUACAUUACAUUCCAAAUAAAUCACUGAACAAUAA